AUGGCUACACCCUUCGUGACCGAGUGUGCCUUUCCUACACCCUCAAAGCAAGCGGCAGGCCUCAUCAACAACACCCCAACUCAAGUCCACUCCAUGGCCUUCACCGACAAAAUCCUCAUCACAAUCUCGCAAUCAGGAAAGCUGUCGCACUGGGUCCAUGUCCCGCUUUCUCUCAACUCAGCUGAUCCAAUGAAUCCUGCCAUUCAAUCCAGUUCUGCCGACAACAGUCUCCUACCAAUGAGUCAUCUUACUGCCACCACGAUUCUUGGAGGCACCAAACCAGAAGAUGAAGUGGUGGGACAGACCUUGGCCACGACGAUCGGGAGUGCUCUGUUGAUGAGGAACCCCGCUGAGGAGAGGUUGCUGGUUAUUGGGAUGGGGAUUGAAAAGGCUGCCGAAAAUUUGACGGGAAGGGCGCAGUUCGAUGAGGCCGUGGGUUUGGUUCUCGAGGUGUUGUGA